UCACUUGCGCGGAAUAUUACGACACAUUUUGACAUAAAUGUGUCGUAAAUAUUCCAAUCAAAACAAUACAUCCUCUGAUGUGUAGGCGCACAUUUGAAAUUUGUAUACGAGAAUACGAGAAAUACAGAUUUUCAAUUAUUUGCAUUUCUUGGUACAAUGAUUGAAUGUAAAAUAAUGAAGUUUGAUGAACUAGGAGAGCAGUCUGAUAUUGAAGUCUCCUACUCAUUUCAAGAAACUCCAUUUGGAAAAUGUUUGAUUGGAUUCAUAGAGAAUGAGAAUACACAAAAGGCAGUUUGUUAUUUGUCAUUUACUGACAACAAUGAAAAUGAAAUAUUGAAAAAUUUAAAGACAAAAUACUUCAAGAAAUGUUACCCCUGUGCAAGUUCUUUUGAAAGGAACAGAAUUUCAAAUGCAAGUUUGGGAAGCAUUAACUAAAAUUCCAAUGGGAACCUUGACAACCUAUGAAAAAGUAGCCAAGUCGAUAGACAAGCCCAAGGCAACACGUGCAGUUGCAAAUGCUUUGAAAGCUAAUCAAAUUGGAUAUUUAAUACCUUGUCAUCGAGUGGUUUGCAAAUCUGGAUGCAAUAAGUUUGGUUGGGGAGUACAAAGGAAAGUAAAUAUGCAAGAAUUUGAGGUCCAAUAUCUUAAAAAUGAAAAACCUCUCAAAGAAUGAGACAAAAAGUAAAACGUUUUUUGUUUUUUUAAAUUCCAACAUUCCAAUAGAUACCUAUUUACUUUUUUCUAAGAAAAGAUUAAUUCAUGUUUAUGAUUUCCAAAUAGUUUCAAUUUAAUUUGACCUUGAAAACAACUGAGUAAAUUUAAUCGAUAAAAAAUGUUUCAAAUUUAAUCUUAUUAGUUUUUUAAUAAUGGUUCUAUUAAUAAUUUAGGCAUAAUAGCUAAAUAAUGAGAUGUAAACUAUCUGAUAUAAAAGUUGUGCAUACUUAUAUGUAUCAUAGAAUUCUGUUUUCAUAAUUAAUAAAGUUUGUUAUUUUUCUAAACAGGAGUUAUUCAUUUGUUUCUUAAUACUCAAGAGAGAAAUAUUUUAUGUUACUCCUUUCAUACCUAUUAGUUAUCGAGGUAGUGUUUUGAAAAUCCUUAUUAUUCAAAAAGUUUUUAAUAUAAUGUUACAAUACAUCAGAAUACUACCAUCAAAUAGAAUUUUGUGGAAAUGGAAAUCUACAGCUACAUCAAUUCAUUUGAAAACACAGUAUAAGGCAUUUAGUUUUACAAAUAAGGAUGGAUUGAGAGGCAACAUUAAUACACAAAUAAGCCAUUUAGAGCAAAAGUCAUGUGCUAAUAUCUUUAUGAUUCAAAAAGAGCCGUUUAUCAAGAUUGUAAAAAUCUAUAGAUGGAAUCCUGAAAAACCAACCACUAAACCAUAUUUACAAAAAUUUGAAGUAGAUCUGAAUAAAUGUGGAUCAAUGGUACUAGAUAUUCUGCAUUACAUAAAAGCAGAGUUAGAUCCAACACUGAGCUUUCGACGAUCAUGUAGAGAAGGCAUUUGUGGGAGUUGUUCAAUGAAUAUAAAUGGCAUCAAUACAUUGGCUUGUAUUACGAAAGUUACUAGGGAUCAAGAAAAAUCUCUGCUUAUAUAUCCUUUGCCUCACACCUACACAAUUCGAGACCUGAUACCAGAUAUGAGCCAUUUUUUAGAACAAUAUAAAAAAAUUGAUCCUUAUUUAAAGCGGCCACAGGAACAUGAUUUUGUUGGAAUGAGGCAGCUGAUGCAAAGUGAAAGAGAUCGAGCAAAAAUUGACGGUUUGUACGAGUGCAUUUUAUGUGGCUGUUGCUCUUAUGCUUGCCCUCCCUAUUGGUGGGCAGGUGAAAAAUAUCUAGGUCCAGCAGUACUCAUGCAAGCUUAUCGCUGGAUCAUUGAUUCCAGAGAUCAAACCCAUGAAGAAAGGCUUGGCAAAUUGAGAGACUUUUUUUCUGUCUUUAGAUGCCAUACUAUUUUUAAUUGCACAAAAACUUGCCCUAAAGGCUUAAAUCCAGGCAGAGCUAUAGCUGAGUUAAAACGCUUAGUUACAGGUAUAACAGAUAAAGAAAAACCAGACAUGGAAACUCCAGUACCAAGUCGAUGUCGAGGAGAAUCUGUAACUACACAGGGUCCUUAGUUUUAAUGUUUCAAAAUAUUUUUCUCUAAUUUAUAAGGCAAUUGAAUUGUGAUACGAAGAUGUUUUUCAUAUUAACGACGGUUUGUUUCCAACUUACAUAUACGCUUAAUGUAGAAAAUCAUGUUUUUUUUACAUCCACAUUAACAGUUGAGUAAUACAUUUACCAAAUUCCUACAGCAGUUGUUAAAAAUUACAAAAUAGCGCGUUUUUAAUAAGAUGCAUUAUUUUUAAAUAUUUUUGGAUGAUAGUCUACUUUUUUAGUUGUAUAAAUUAACGAUUCAAUUUGUAAAUUGUCAAUACCGUUGUUCUAAUUCUCUUUAAUCAAAAUUUGCUUUCUGCAUAGGUUUAUUAAAACGUAAUGUACGAAAUAAAAUAAAAGCUAUAAUAUAGUAAAA